GUAAAUAUAAAAUUCAAAUAAACUAAGUAAUUAAUAAAAUAUAUUCAAACUUCAUCAUAAACCAAAAAAUUUAAACACUCAUUUGAAUCGUUUCCAUAAUUAAUUAGAACAGGUUGGAGAACCCGUUUUCCAAAUUAAUUAGCAUUUUCAAAAUAUGAAUUGGAUGCUUUUACUUGGAUGUCCAUGGCGGCGCAGGUACUCGGCGUUUGCUGAAUGAGGAGGCACUAAGGAGGAGUCUCGGCGUUAAUCUCCUGCGGUCAGUCUUUUUUUGGGCAAUUGGUCCAAGUUUUCUGUUUUUCCGGACACUUUUGUUCCGUGUUCUUGGUCCGGCUAGAUUGGCCGAGAUAGUUUACUGUUAUUUUGCUUUGAUCGACUGGUCUGGGAUUCCCCUGUAGCGGCGAUUGUAAAGCUUCUGGUUCAUGUUUUGAUUCACUUCGGAAGUACUCCAUAUUCCAAAGGUGAAGAGCCUUUGAGAGUUCAGAUUUCUCUCUAGGUUACGACUUUAUCGCCGCCGCCUAGUGUAGCUUUUGUUGUCCCGUUUUCGUUUCAGCCAUUUCUUUAGGUUGGAACGGAAUCGGCGGUGGGUGCUAGUGUUCUCAGAGGGCUUCGAAGACUGCAGCGGCGGGUCAAUUCUUUGGCUUGACUGUUUUGCUUCGUCUUUUGGGUCGAGCGAGGGUUUUCGCAGGGAGGCAAUUUUGCUAACGGAUUUUACACGACGAAGCAGGAAGGCAGAUGAAAGUUGUACACGGCUGGGCAGCGGAGAAGAAAACAAUUAGCUGCGGUCUUGCUAAAAGAGGGGGACACGGAGGAAUGAACAGGCUUCGUGUUUUCCAGAUUUUGAUCGUCAAUGGAGAAUCAAUUGUUGUGGUACAGAUAGUACGGCCCCCUCCAGAACCACCGCCAAGGGUUGAUCUCUGGCGGCGGCAGGGGUGUUAUUUAGUUUGUUUUGUUUACUUUUGCAACAAUUGUUACUUUUGCUUUGGUGUGUGUUUCUUUGUUUUUGUUUCAGUUUGUAAGACGUUGAUGUUGGAUGUGGGAGAUGAGAGGAAUUUGGUAACCGUGUUAGGCUUUUUGUUUCCCGGUUAUGGAUCAGCGAAUUAUAUUGCUACAGCAAUUAAUUCCGAGUCUGGUUCGAGGGAUAGCGGUUAUCAGUUUUCUUUUUGUCAGUUGACCCAUACUCUAAACUUUUAUUGGUUAUUUAUCUAAGCCGAUUUCAGUAAAAAAAACUUUUAUUAGCUUAAUGACUUUUAUUUCAUGUUUAAUUAUGAAUUGAUAUAUAUGUAAUAUCAUUUUAUGUUU